AUGGAGGAGCUGGAGCAAUGUGCAUCUUAUCCAUCUGUUAGUGAUCUGGACAGCACCUCUGCUUGGGCUGACUGUGGGCUGGACUUGAACUGUGAUGCUGUUGAGAAUUUCAGGAGGAAACUCAAGUACUACUUCAUGAAUCCUUGUGAAAAAUUCAAAGCUCGUGGACGAAAACCAUGGAAACUGAUGCUUCAGAUUCUUAAAAUUGCCAUUAUUACAAUUCAGUUGGUGUCUUUUGGACUUAGUAACCAGAUGGUGGUCACAUUCAAAGAGGAGAAUCUAAUGUCAUUCAAGCAUCUCUUCCUGAAAGCAUAUUCCAGCCAAAGCACUGGUGAUUAUGCUGUGUACACACAGACUGAGGUGUACGACCACAUCUAUUUUGUAAUUCAGCAGUAUGCAAACCUACGCAACAUCACUGUGGGAAACCAUGCUUAUGAGAGAAAUGAUGGAAUGUACACGCCACUCUCCCUCUGCCAGCAUUUUUAUAGAAAUGGAAGUAUUUGGCCUGGAAAUGAGACCUUUGACAUUGAUGCGCAUGUGGAAACAGAAUGCAUUGAAAUAUACCCACUACAGACCCUGACAAAUGCUACAUUGGAGGAACAUGUGCUGAAUUUCACUCUGGAUUUUAAAAGACUGUUGUCCGUGAAUAUUGACUUCACGUUGAAAGCUAUCAAUCUUCAGACAAUACGUCAUCAUGAGCUGCCUGACUGCUAUGACUUCACUGUCAUGAUUACCUUCAACAACAGAGCUCACAGUGGAAGAAUAAAAAUUAACCUGGAAAAUGACGUUGACAUCAAUGAAUGUAAAGACUGGAAUGUUACAGGGGCCUCUGCCAAGAACAUUUAUUACAUUUUGUUUUUUGAUUCCCUCAUCAUUUUGACGUGCUUAACUUCCCUCAUUCUGUGCACCCGGUCAAUUAUCAGCGGGAUACAACUACAAUUUGAAUAUGCUGCCUUUUACAUGUUAUGCCACAAUAAGAAUGUGUCCUGGUCAGAAAGAAUGGAAUUUGUCAACGGAUGGUAUAUCCUCAUCAUUGUCAGUGAUUCAUUAACCAUUGUUGGCUCCAUUCUCAAAAUUGAAAUUCAGGCAAAGAAUCUGACGAGUUAUGACGUCUGCAGCAUUUUGCUGGGGACAGGCACAAUGUUUGUCUGGAUUGGAGUCCUUCGGUACUUGGGCUUCUUUAAAAAAUAUAAUAUUCUCAUACUGACUCUGAGAGCAGCUUUUCCAAACGUGAUCCGGUUCUGCUGCUGUGUGGCCAUGAUCUACCUGGGUUACUGCUUCUGUGGAUGGAUUGUGUUAGGGCCUUAUCAUGAGAAAUUCCGAACCCUGAAUACUGUGUCAGAGUGCCUGUUCUCCCUCAUCAAUGGGGAUGACAUGUUCCCCACCUUCAAGGACAUGCAACAGAAGAGUUACCUGGUUUGGUUGUUCAGCAGACUGUACCUUUACUCUUUUGUUUCACUCUUCAUCUAUAUGGUGCUCAGCCUCUUCAUCACUCUCAUUACUGAGACAUAUGAAACUGUUAAGCAAUACCAGCAGGAUGGUGUCUAUGAAACAGACCUACAAGCAUUCAUAGCUGAGUGUAAAGACCUUCCCAGUUCUGGAAGAUACAGGAUAGAUGAGGUGUCUACUCCGUGCUUUGUCUGUUGCUGUUCCCGGUCAGACAGAUCUGAAGAGAGGCCGCAGUGUUAG